CAACUGUGAUUCGAAAUUUUGUUGUUGAACGAAUUUUGAAUAAUUUGGUUGAAAAUGUUAAAAUUAGGUGAAAUUUUCCCAAAUAUUAAAGCGGAGACCACCUUGGGUCCUGUACAAUUUUAUGAUUGGAUGGAAACCUCGUGGUGUUUGUUACUUUCCUGCAACUUUAAUCAGGUUUCUGCCUCAGAAUUAGUUGGAUUGCGUAAUCGUUUGCUAGAAAGAAAUGUUAAAGUAAUUGUCGUAUCACAUAACUCCUUGCAUUCACUUAAUGAAUGUAUAAGUGAUAUUCAAUCGAAAACGAAUCACUUAAUUCAAUAUCCGAUUAUCGCAGAUGAAAAAUACAGCUUGGCAUUGGAUCUUGACCUCUUCGAAUCUGAGCUAUACUUAGAAAAGGAUGCAUUCAAAACCAUCACUGCUGCAUUUCUAAUUGACCCAAACAAAAAACUUCAGUUCCAAAUGGCUUAUCCACCCGAGCUUGCACUUAACUUUGAGGAAAUUAUUCGUGUAAUCGAUGCACUUCAAGCUGUAAACGGGAAAUGUUUGGCUACACCUGCUGAAUGGACGGCUGGCGGAGAAUUACUCAUUGUAUCGAAAUACCUUCCACACAACAAAUUGAAGAAACAAUUUCCGCACAUGACUGAAAAAGUGCUACCAUCCGGCAGCAUUGAAAGACACACUUACCUAUAAUUGUCAGUAUCUGUUCACGCGGAUUAAUGAGGGAAAUAAAAGUAGGGACUUAAGUAAAUAUAAAUAAAUGAAAUCAUUAGAAACA